AUGUGCCGCAUUCAGUCAUGGACGUGCGGCUCUGCGUGCAACAGUGUGGCAACCUUUGAGCCGAAGGCUGCAAUGAGCCACGUCAUCACGGGCGCCGGCGGCUUUGUCGGCGUGGAUCACGCGACGCAACAGAUCGUGGUCGCCUUUCGUGGCACCAGCAACAUUCAGAAUAUCUUGGCUGACAUCCAUGUGCUGUUGGCGAAGUACGACAAGAGCUCGAGCUGCGGCUCACAGUGCGAGGUGCACAGUGGCUUCUAUGCCUCCUAUAUGUCUCUUCGUCAACAGACACGAGACUCUGUGCUGGAGCUGAUUCACAAGAACCCCACGUACGAGAUCGUCGUCACUGGGCACUCGCUCGGUGGGGCCAUUGCGCUACUGGCGGCUGCCGACUUGCAGGAGCGACUCAACAAUCUUGAAAGCCCCUCUGACUUGAAGCUGGUGUCCGUGUACACAUUUGGUGCACCACGAGUCGGCAACGUUGCCUUUGCAAAGUGGCCAGACUCCUUGCUGGCGAAGGGAGCCAAGUAUCGCAUCACCCAUGCGGGCGAUCCGCUGGUGAUCGUUCCUGCGCGCACGUGGGGCUACGCGCACAGAGCCUCCGAAGGGUUCUACAUGACGCCCUCGAAUAACAGUGCUGUGAUGUGCAACGACUUGUCAGGUCAGGAGGACUCGACGUGCACCCUCGCUAUAUUUUUUCGCGUGCUCGAUGACCACAUGUACUACAUGGGGGACACCACGGGAUGCAAAGGACACGCCUCCCUUCCCAGCGCCGCGGUCUGCGAUGCACCCGCGGUAGGGUGCGUCAUAUUCUUGCUUGGAGUUCUGUACAGCCUACUGUGA